CAACAACCACUUCAUGGCUUUCAUCAGGACUAGUUUCAUUGCCGUUUAGUUUCUUCGUUUCACCUCUUCAAGAUUUUCUUUCUUGUUGAUUAGGCUUCGAUCUUUCUGCAUUUUAUUUUCCAGAAAGUUUGAAGCUACGUAUUCCUUCAUUCUACUUCUUGAAUUCUUGCAAACUGAUACGCGUUCUUCUUCUCUGUUCUCUGAUAAUGUCUGGGAAAUCAAUCAUGAAUGCUCUUGCUGCUACUACUCGUAAUUUCGAAAGAGCGAUUCGCUUGCUUGGAAUAGAUGCAAAGAUGGAGAGAAGCCUGUUGAUCCCUUACAGAGAAGUCAAGGUCGAGUGCACGAUUCCCAAGGAUGAUGGAAGCUUGGUGACAUACAUUGGGUACCGAGUGCAGCACGACAAUGCUCGUGGUCCCAUGAAGGGAGGGAUCAGAUAUCAUAGUGAGGUUAAUAUUGAUGAAGUAAAUGCUCUUGCUCAACUUAUGAGCUGGAAGACUGCUGUGGUAGAUGUUCCAUAUGGCGGUGCCAAGGGUGGAGUUGAUUGCAACCCAAAGGACUUAAGCUUCAGUGAAAUGGAAAGACUAACUCGUAUUUUUACUCAAAAAAUUCAUGACCUUAUUGGAAUCUAUACUGAUGUUCCAGCCCCUGACAUGGGCACUAAUUCUCAGACAAUGGCAUGGAUUCUUGAUGAAUACUCAAAGUUUCAUGGUUAUUCACCUGCUAUUGUUACUGGAAAGCCUAUUCCUCUUGGUGGAUCAGUGGGUCGGGAAUCAGCAACUGGGCUUGGAGUUAUUAUAGCAACUGAGGCAUUGCUUGCAGAACAUGGGAAGUCACUGAAGGAUUUGGCAUUUGUUAUCCAGGGUUUGGGAAAUGUGGGCUCGUGGGCAGCAAAGCUCCUUCAUGAAAGAGGUGGUAAGAUCAUUGCAGUGAGUGAUAUCACCGGUGCUGUUAAGAACCCAAAUGGAAUCGAUAUCCCAAAAUUGCUUGAGCACAAGGAAAAAACUCAGAGUUUGAAGGACUUCCCUGGCGGAGAUGAUUUGGACCCUUCUGAACUGCUUGUUCAUGAAUGUGAUGUUCUAAUUCCAUGCGCUUUGGGUGGAGUUAUAGACAGGGAAAUAGCUAAAGAUGUGAAGGCAAAGUUUAUAAUUGAGGCAGCAAACCAUCCAACUGAUCCUGAAGCUGAUGAGGAACUAGCUCAGAAAGGAGUUGUAGUGCUACCAGACAUAUAUGCUAAUGCUGGAGGCGUGACCGUCAGCUAUUUUGAGUGGGUUCAGAACAUUCAAGGUUUCUCCUGGAGCGAGGAUAGAGUAAAGCGGGAACUACAUCAUUAUAUGACUAAAGCGUUCCAUGACAUAAAGGACAAGUGCAAAUCAUACGAUUGCAAUCUUCGGAUGGGUGCCUUCGCACUUGGAGUGGAACGUGUUUCUCGUGCCACGCUCCUUAGAGGUUGGGAGGCGUAGUUCAUCUGACACUCUUGCAACGAUUAGUCUGUGUACCGAGGGAGAUUCUGUUUUCUUCUUGGAACGCUUACAUAUGAUGUAAUCAUUUUCUAUACAAGUUCUCAUAUGCUCAUUCAAUAUUCUCUCCCCUUUCCUUGAUUUUGUUGGAAUAUAUGGCUUGACUCCGUCGAGUCAUUAUUGUACUGUGAUGCCAAAUUUUUGUGAAUAAUUUUCACUUUCAAGUGAACAACUAAUUGAGUCAUACUUAACUGUUUGAUAUUUCA